AUGUUUAACGCAGUCCGGUCGCAGUACUUCCCUCCGAAGCCCAAGUUUACCGAGAAGGAUGUCCCGCCAGGCAGUCAGGUCGGCAAGGUCUUCAUCGUCACCGGCGCCAACCAGGGCAUUGGCUUGGAGUUAGUCAGGAUGCUCUAUCCGACGGGCGCGACUAUCUAUCUAGCAGGCCGUUCGCAGGAGCGCAUCGAGAAGGCCAUCAAGCAGGUCGUCGACUCCCACAAGCCCGAACCUGCCACACCGGCAAUUCUCAAGCACCUCGACCUCGACCUCGGCGAUCUGACCACCAUCAAGGCCUCGGCAGCCGCUUUCACUGCGCAGGAGAAGAAGCUGGACAUUCUGUGGAACAACGCUGGCAUUGGGGGCAACCCGGAAGGAACUACUACAAAACAGGCUGUCGAGGGCCACGUUGGUAUCAACUGCGUCGCCGCUCUUCUUUUCACUCAAGAGUUACUUCCUAAGCUGCAGGAGGCUGCUAAGACCGCUCCAGCAUGCAGCGCGCGCAUCAUCUGGACUGGUUCCCUGAUGAUUGAGACGCACUCUCCGACGGGUGGGAUUCAGUACGAGUUUAUCGAAAAGGGAAAAACUACAAAUUCGGCGCGUGACUACGCCACUUCCAAGGUGGGCAAUUGGUACCUGGCAGUCGAAGCUGCUCAGCGAUGGGGAAAUUACGGCAUCGUCAGCGUCGUGCAAAACCCCGGAAACCUGCUCACCAACAUCUACUCACACCAGCCUAAGUGGCUCAUGGCCAUUCUAAAGCUAGUGUUGUACGAGCCAAAACUCGGCGCUCACACCCUGCUCUACUCGGGAUUCACAUCGGACGUCGGCAUCGAGAAGAACAACGGAGCGUACAUCAGGCCAUUUGGAUACGUAGCCCCAAACGGACGGCAGGACAUCUACAUGGCGAUAGCUGCGGGCGAGGCGACCAAGUUCUGGGAGUGGUGUGAGAAAAUGUAUCAGCCACAUAUCUAA